AUGGCGGAAUUUCAAAGGACUCUUCCUGCUUCGUGGUACCGAAGCCUUCCGCUCUACCAACUUGAGCGCCGUGCCGUGUUUUUAAAGGCAUGGUACUUGCUGGGUCCCGUAACCCGCUUCCACGAAGUUGAUACCAAAGUCCAAUAUGAAAUUGCUCAGGAACGCCUAUACGUUGAAAGAAAGUUUGGCUCCUCCGCACUUCCAACUGCUGAGGAGCUGAAAGUUAUCCAUGAGAGCACUGGUGCGGAAUUACCGAGCCACCUUACGCCGACAGGAUUGCUGUUCGCCGGGAUAUCACAAGAUGCACCGGAUUUCCAUGAGUUCUACCCCGAUUUAGAGCCCCUUCUGGCAAGAGUGGACUUUACCAGGCUCCCGUAUCGCCAUAGCGUCAAGUAUGAGGGGAAUUUCAACUGGAAAACCAUGGUGGAUGGCUAUCAAGAAUGCCUGCAUUGUCAAUAUACACACCCUUCAUUUUCCAUCUAUUACCCUCCGACAUUCUAUACUGUCUAUAACCACCUGAACUUUUCUCAGCAUGUUGCGGAUCCAAAGAAGCCAGAUGAUGGACUUUUCCUCUACUUCUUUCCCAAUUGCACUCUGAAUGUGUAUGGCGGAGGAAUGUCCUCAUUUCGCGUUUGUCCAACUAGGGACCCUAAUGUUACUCGAAUGGAAUUCGACUACUAUCACCUCGAAUUAGGCGACAAGUUCGAAAAGUAUUUCAAAUUUGUCCGUCAAGUGGCCAUGGAAGACUACGAGCUGUGUGAAAGAGCGCAGGAAAAUUUGCAGAAAGGCGUGUAUAACGAAGGCAUUUUGAAUCCGGUCAAAGAGACAGGGGUUGCAUACUACCAAAACCGUGUGUUUGAUCUGGUCACUGAGCAGCAUAGACAUGAGAAAUCAACCGAAGGUCCGGAAAAGGCGGUGGGGGAUGGGAUCAGCCACCCCGCCCAAGCUGCUGCAGUUCCCUCAUCACUCUACGAGCUAAGUAGGAUGGAGUAUUUAUCCUCAUUUCUCUCCAAUACAUUUGUCCUCGCCUCCGUCCCCAUUAUCCUCCUGGCUAUACUUGCGGUGACGCAGAAAGAUGGAAAAGUAUUUAGGAGACCCUUGUUGCCACGUCCUGGCGCCCUUCCCCUUGACACUCUCAGUUCGAAUGUACAGUCUAAGUUAGCGUGGAUCGAAGAUUUGUUCCUGAGAAGGGUUGCUUCAACAAUAGCUACCAGAAAGGGGAGCGACGGACUUACUACAGCAGCCGAUCAACCACCGUCGGCAAACGUGUGCAAGGAAUCCGACUUCCCUGAUAAUUGGUGGACUGGAGAUGAAGUGUUUCGAUUGGAGAGACGCGCAAUAUUUAGUAAGACAUGGCUCUAUAUCGCCCACGCAAGUCGCUUCACCAAACCGGGAGACUACCAUGCUUUCGAAAUUUGCGGAUUCCCUCUUUUCCUCAUCCAAGGGAAGGACAGCGUUAUCCGCGCAUUUCACAAUGUCUGCCGACACAGAGCCUACCCAGUCAUCUCAAAGAAAAAGUCCGGUUCCUCGACCGUGAUGGGGUGCAGGUAUCAUGGCUGGACCUAUGAUAGCAAGGGUCAACUCAUAAAAGCACCGCAAUUCGAGUGUCUUGAGGGAUUCGACAAGACUCAGAAUAGCCUAUUCGAGAUUCGCACAGCGAUUUCGAAACAUGGAUUGAUUUUUGUGAAUUUAGAUGCAAGGGGAGAUCCGCCUGAACUUCAAUUCGAUGCUCGUAGAAUUGAUAGGUUUGCGAGUGUGAAUCGGAUACCGAGGCGGUCAGUAUGGAUUGAUGGGUGGGAGCUUGAAGGCAGAUUUAAUUGGAAAAUGGCCGUUCGGAACUUGUACGAAGAUAAGGGUGUAGCGGGAGGAACGAAGCCGGAGUUGAGUAACCUACGUUCAGUUCUUCAAUCAAUCUUCGGUGUGGACAGAGCCAGUGACCCCAAGUCCUCCACCUUGGAAGCUUUCCCUACCACUUCAAUCUAUGCUACUGGAAAAGAAAGUGUCUGGUAUUCCAUCUCCGUAGCCCCUAUAGAGGCAAAUCGCUCAUAUAUCCGCUGCGAUAUGUACGGAAGUGUUGUAGGAAAGCAGGCAGAUGGAAGCCAAGGAAUACCAGAUGGCAUAAAAUCCAGCCUUGAAGCUAGAAUAGCGAAAUUCGAAGCGACAUAUAAGUCAUUCAGCACCCCUGGAAGAACGAACCCUGACGAUGAUUCCACUCUGAAUGAGGACGCAGUCGACUGCACUCAUGAUCGCACAGUACAAGAGAUGAUCCUUUUGAAAUUAAAAUCUCACCUCAAGCUUGAACGUGUUGCAGGAGAAGAGAUCUUGCCAACAGUCAGAGGGUCAAGCACAAGCGACAGAUACAAGCUCGCGAAUGAAUUAUGCAAAGAGCUCGAAAACCUGGAGGGUUCCAUUAGCUCAAGUCCUGCGUGUCAAAUGAUGGUUAAAGAUUCUCUUGCCUGGUAA